CCUUGCCAAUGCAGGAAGUCACCGAAUGAGGACAGCCCUGCCUGAGUGAAGCCUUCAGGCCCGGUGAUGGCUGAGGCCUCACCUCCACCAGAGCCUGAGGACCUUCUGAUUGUGAAACUGGAGGAGGACUCAUGGGAAUCAGACUCCAAACCCCAGAAGGAGGUCCAUGGCCGUGUCCCCGGCCCCGAGGUUUCCCGCCGGUGUUUCAGACAGUUCCAAUACCAGGAUGCAGCUGGACCCCAUGAGGCCUUCAGCCAGCUCUGGGCUCUCUGCUGUCGUUGGCUGAGGCCUGAGAUCCGCCUCAAAGAGCAGAUCCUGGAACUGUUGGUCCUGGAGCAGUUCCUGUCCAUCUUACCCAGGGAGGUGCAGACCUGGGUGCAGGCACGACACCCUGAGAGCGGAGAGGAGGCUGUGGCCCUGGUGGAGGAUUGGCAUCGAGAGGCCUGGGCUACCGGACAGCAGGGACUGAAGCCGUGUGCUGAAGAGUCCAGGCCCUUUGAAGCAGUUCCAGAGUUUCAGAGCUCCCAGCUGCAGCCAGAGGCUCCCUGCUCUGAGGCCCAGCCGCAGAGACAGUGGAGUACACAUCUAGACCUUUCCAAGAUGCCACCUCAGCUCUCAAAAGAGAGCGCGGUCCUCACACCCCAAACCCCAACUAUUCCAAAAAUGGGGAGCCCUGGAGAUUGGGAGGUGGCAGCCAAGUCCCAGGAAGCCCUGAACCCCGGUAGACAAGCUAAGAAGCUCUGCCAGGAUCCUGCUGGAGAUGACUGUGGGAACGGAGUUCCAGUUUCAAAGCCAAGUGUCACCUCCCAGCAUGAGCGAGGACCAGAGAUUUUGGGUCUGAGCCUUAUCAAUGGGAGUCCGGCAGAUUGCAGCCUGGCUAGUGAGCAGAACAAGCCAGCCCAGGAGGACUCCAGGGCCUGGGAAGAAAAGUGCCAGUGUGAUGGGGAGGGCGUGAAGGCGUCGGGUGUGCACUGGGGCUAUGAGGAGACCAAGGCCUUCCUGGCCAUCUUAAGUGAGUCUCCUUUCUCUGAAAAGCUCCGGACUUGCCAUCAGAACCGCCAGGUGUACCGGGCUAUUGCAGAGCGCCUGAGGGCUCGGGGCUUCCUGCGGACCCUGGAGCAGUGUCGCUACAGGGUCAAAAACCUUUUACGAAAUUACCGGAAAGCCAAAAACAGUCACCCGCCAGGAACAUGUCCUUUCUACGAGGAGCUGGAGGCUCUGGUGCGGGCUCGGACAACCAACAGAAGAAGAACCACAAGUGGGCCAGGAGAAGCUGUGGCCCUCCCCAGGCUGGGCGACAGUGACACUGAGAUGGAUGACCAAGAGGAAGGGAGCUGGGAGCCAGAGGAGGCAACGGAAGACUGCAGUGGUUCUGGACUGGCUAUGGAGGAGUCUGUCCAGGGUCGCAGCAUUGCAGGGGGCCCAGCUCUGCUCCAGAGCCGCAUUGCAGGUGUGCACUGGGGCUUCGAGGAGACCAAGGCCUUCCUGGCAAUUCUCAGUGAGUCCCCAUUCUCUGAAAAGCUUCGCACCUGUCACCAGAACAGCCAGGUAUACCGGGCCAUUGCAGAACGGCUGUGUGCGCUGGGUUUCCUGCGGACACUGGAGCAAUGUCGCUACAGAUUCAAGAACCUUCUUCGAAGCUACCGGAAAGCCAAGAGCAGCCAUCCACCUGGAACCUGCCCCUUCUAUGAGGAGCUGGACUCGCUGAUGAGGGCGCGGACUGUGAUCAGGGCCAUGGAGAUAGUAGGAGGAGCCAGAGGUCUUCCUGGAUCUAGGCAGAAUGGUACUGAGGCCGAUGACCAAGAGGCCUGGGGUGAGAUGGAAGGUGAAGAUGCCAUUAAACUUCUGCCAGAUCCCCAAACUCCAGAUACAGGGUGUGAGUGGAAGCGUGAGAAUGAAGACCAAACUUCAGAGCAGGAUGUUUUUGGUGAUUUUCCUGGAGCAUUAUCACAGUAUCCCACAGAAGCUGUUUGCCAGGCUCCCGACUGGGGAGAGGACGAUGAGAAUGAAGAUGAGGGGGAGUGGAGGAGUGCUCCCCUGUGGGAAGAGUAUUCCUCUGAGGAGGACUUGGAAAAACUCAUUGACCAUCAAGGCCUGUACCUCACAGAGAAAGCCUACAGAUGUGACACAUGGGUGAAAAGCUUUAGUAGGAGCUUCCACUCCGUGGCCCACCAAGGAAGCCACACAGGGGAGAAGCCCUACCAAUGUCUCGAGUGUGGAAAAAGUUUUAGUGAGCACUCCAACCUCACUGCCCACCAGAGAACCCACGCUGGAGAGAAGCCCUCCAGAUGCCCGGAGUGUGGGAAAGGCUUCAGGGACCACUCCAGUCUCAUCACCCACCAGAGAAGCCACACAGUGGAGAAGCCCUAUACAUGUAGGGAGUGUUGGAAAAGCUUCAAGCAGAUCUCAAACCUACUGACACAUCAGAGGCUCCACUCAGGAGGAACCCCUGACCAGCAUAAUGAACCUGGGGAGAACCUUGGCCAAAGUCCAUCUUUUAGUGCCCGCUGGAGAAACUCUACGUGGGAGAUACCUAAACAAGCUCAGGAUGUCAGUGUGAGCAUGAACUCUCCUGGACCCCACAGCACCAACUCAGAGGAGAAGCUAUAUCCGUGUCCUGAGUGUGGAAGGUGUUUCUCUAAGAGCUCUGCCCUCAUCAGUCACCAAAGAAUCCACACAGGUGAGAAGCCAUAUGAAUGCGGAGAGUGUGGGAAGAGCUUCAGUAAGAGCUCCACCCUGGCCAACCACCAACGGACGCACACGGGCGAGAAGCCAUACAAGUGUGCAGACUGUGGAAAGUGCUUCAGCGAGCGCUCCAAGCUCACCACCCACCACAGAGUCCACACGGGAGAGAAGCCCUACAGAUGCCUCGUGUGUGGCAAGUUCUUCCGCGACCGCUCCAACCUCAUCACUCACCAGAGAAUUCACACGGGAGAGAAGCCGUACAAGUGCAGAGAGUGUGGGAAGUGUUUUAAUCAGAGCUCCAGUCUUAUCAUCCAUCAGAGAAUUCACACCGGGGAGAAACCCUACAAAUGCACAGAGUGUGGCAAAGACUUCAACAACAGCUCCCACUUCAGUGCCCACCGCAGGACCCAUGCCGGAGGAAAAGCACUGUAGGCAACACCUCCUCCCAACAGAAGAGCAAUAGUGUCUAUUUAUAUCUCAUUACCAUUUCUUAAACAUGCUAGAAAAGAAACCUUCCAAUGUCUAAGCUUGGUGUGUAUCUAUAGAUUCUAUCUUGUAAAGUCAGGUCAUUUGGAUGUGAUUUACACUUACAAGGAUUAAGAUUUGGAGGUACUUCUCAAGUGUAA